AAACUACGAAAUCUAGGGUUUUUUAAUACGCUCCGCCGCUUGAAAAAGUCCCGAUUUGUGCCUCUGGUUCUCUCCUCCCCUUUUGAGAAGCUCCGAUUCUUCCCGAUUCUAUCCGUCAUCACAUGGAUCAACCCUUAUCCCAUCAAAUUGAUGCAAUUAUCCCCUUUUCUCUGUUGAUUUUUAGCAAUUCCGACUCAGAUCUUUCCCAAUCUCCUAUAGCUUUCGAUUUCUUUUGUAACUCUUUGAUAUCGACUCGUUUUCGUCGUCCUUGAUCUUUUCCUGUGACGUUUUGUGGCUUGCGAAAUGGGUAGGAAACGUGAACAAAGGAGGAAUGCUGACCAACUUGAUAGCAGCGAUGAUGAUAGCCUCAGCUCCACUUCAACAGCUAUGUCUGAUCUACCCAUGGCUCACGAGACCGAGCGUGUGAACUCUCAAGAUUUCUUGCUUGAAAAAUACCUUGAUGCCCUAUAUGAAAAGAGGGCAUCGACAAGAGAGAAGGCGUUGACAGGUCUUGUUGAUGCAUUCAGCAGCCAAUUGCUGCACGGUUUUGUAGAAAACAAAUGUAUCACUUUAUUACAUCAGUACCUAAAUUCUGUUAAAAAGGGCUCUUCCAAGGAAGCUUGUUUGGCUUCUCGUGCCAUUGGAUUGUUGGCAAUUACUGUUGGUGCUGGAGACAGUGCUCAUGAAAUAAUGGAAGAGUCAUUGCCACCACUUUCACUAGCCUUGAAGUGUGGAUCAGAUGCUCAGAAAAAAUCAUCUGUACUUGAUUGCAUCGCUCUUGUCACUUUUGUUGGUGCUAUUGAUACAGAUGAAACUGAGAAUGCUAUGAAAAUAAUUUGGGAAACCAUUCAUCCAAAAUCAGGAACCAUUGUUGGAUCGGCCGCCAAACUUCAACCUGCUGUAUUAGCAGCUGCUAUUUCUGCAUGGUCAUUUCUCUUAACUACCAUGAAUGGUUGGGGAAACAACUCUGAUAAUUGGCAGGAAUCAAUUUCUUUUCUUUCAAUUCUACUGGAGAGAGAUGAUCGUGCUGUCCGUAUUGCUGCUGGAGAAGCAAUAGCCCUUAUUUUUGAGAUUGGGAGGCUGGACAAGUUCUCUCGAGAGGAGGGUGAAACAGAUAGUGCAGGUCGUGAGGGUUUCAAACCCCGGGGGCUUGCUUAUGUUGCUUCAAUGAAAGGCAAAAUAUUAAAUCAAGUCCGGGAACUUUCGGCGGAGGCGGGAGGUAAGGGCACUGGCAAGAAAGACCUUAAUCUUCAGAGGGAUUUGUUUCAGGACAUUUUAAUAUUUCUCGAGACUGGUGAGUGCCCUGAGAUCUCUAUGAGGAUUUCUAACAACUUGGGUGCACUGAGAGUGACAACGCGUGCUCAAUCCAUUCAGUUAAACUUUCUGAAACGCUUCCUUGCAAGUGGUUUCCUGAAGCACAUGCAGGACAAUGAGUUACUUCAUGAUGUUUUUAGUUUCACUCCGGGGAAGAAGGGAAACUUGUCAAGCAAAGAAAAGAGGAUGUUCAUGUCACCAAAUUCUGUGGUUAAUAAAGAACGAACUCAAAUGAGAAACAAGUACCGCUCAUGGGCCCAGGAUAGGAACCAGGGGCAUUACUCUGUGAUUGCUGAAGAUGCUUAGUAAGAUCAGUGGUCUGAGACAGCACAACAAUUGAUGAAUCCCACUGAGGAUAAUCUUUUCCAUUUUGUUCUAGUAUUUUCAUUGUUUAUCAUUUGGACUCUUGUCUGGAAUGAAUCCUCUCUAUAUCUAUUAUUGUCGCAAGGCUGGGUUUGUGAACUACUUUAUCCUACAUUACAUUUCAACUGGAAUAAUAAAAGUUUAUUUUAUUCUC